AUGAACACCAUCACGACUUCCAUGGGAAGCAUUGUGAAGGUUCUGGAUUCCGCGCUCGCGAGCAGCAACCUGCAGAAGAUUUCGGAGACGAUGGACGUGUUCGAGCGGCAAUUUGUGAACAUGGAGGUGCAGUCGCAGUUCGUGGAGAACGCGAUGCACAGCAGCACGGCGCUGUCGACGCCCGAGGAGGACGUCAACAUGCUCAUGCAACAGGUGGCAGACGAACAUGGAUUGGAGGUGCAGAUUGGCCUACCAGGUGCUGCCACGAGUGCUUUGCCAUCCAGAGAAGCUCAGACCAAUGCUGAGGACGACUUGACAAGGCGAUUGGCAGAACUGAAGAACAGGUCAUAA